AUGGUCGCUGGGGCGCAGGUGGCGGCGUUCCAGCGCGCGCUUCUCCGUCGGAUACAGACCGCUCCGCUCGGCCGAGCAGCUUCGGCUGCUACACAAGACACCGUGCUACCUAUUGCAGGUCUCCGUGCGCGCCAAUUCGCUGUAUUGGCUUCGAACGACCGGUCAGCAGGUCCUCAGACGGCGUUGGAGCGACUAUCGGAGGCGUCCAAGCCGUCGUGGCGACUACGCGCGGCUGUGAAGGAUGUGGAGGCGUCCUUACCGUCAGACAGGGGCAGGAGGUUCUACAACCGUCGAGUGCUGGAGGCACUGGAAACCAGCGACCUCAACCGCGCUUGGGCCAUCGUGGAGACGCUGCUCCGCCGGCACCCGGACAAGGCGGUGCUGUGGCCGUACACGUACAACCUGAUGCUGCGGCACUACUGCAAGCAACAAAAGACGCUGAUGAACGCCAACUUGACUCGGAUUCUGGCCCUGCUUGACGCUAUGGUUGCCCAGGGCUGUGCGGACCAAACGAGCUUUCAGGUGGCGAUGGCUGCGUGCAGUCGCGCACGCCAUCUACGCAGUGCGAGACAUGUAAUGGAGAAGAUGCGAAAGUGUGGAAGGAAGCCUGAUGCAAGGAUCUACGGGUUCUUAAUCAAUUGUUGUGCGAGGAAGCAAGGAUUAGUGAAGCUCGCGAACCAGUAUUUUGAGGAGAUGAUGCGUGAUGGAGUGGCACCGACGAUUCUGGCGGUCAAUGCAAUGCUGCGUGUGUACUCUCGUGAUUGUGGACGGUCGACGGUGAUGCUGGAUCUGGUUAAGCGUGCGCAGGAUGAAUUCGGUCUUGUCCCGAAUACUGUAACGACAAGGACAAUGGUGUACUACCUACUGUGUGAAGGUGACGUGGACGGAGCUGUGCAAUUUCUACGUGAUGUUGAGAGAGCAUUUCCCCUUGAAGACUCCAUAGAAUUGCCUGUGCGGCGGCAAGUUGUGAAUGCGGUGGUUGAUAGUUGCCGCCAGCGUGGCGAAUGGAACUUGGUGGAGUACGCCUUGGCCUUCGCGAAAAGGAGCCAACAAAGUGCUACUGGGGACAGCGAUAUGCAAGACACUGCAUCGCUGGAGCAGCUGGUUGCAAAGCGUGACGCGAUAUCGAAUGCAGUCGUGUGGACACUGGACGAACAGGAUUGGUCUCGGAUGGCGCGAUCAGACCAGGAAGCAUUCCUUCUGAACCGAAGCCAGAAAGAGAGUGUAGAGCGCUCGUUGGAGCGCAUGCAGUUGCCCACCAGCUCGGAUCGAGCGAUUGAAAGGCUUUCUCUAAAAUUGGAUGGCAAACUACGUGUACUGGACGAGAUCAUUCACGCCAAGAACGCAAGUGCAGCAGAUUUCAAUGCCGUUUUAGGUGCUUGUGGGAGACAGGGGAACCUGAGUGAAGCGGUGUCUGUGCUUACAAAAAUGAAGAAGUACGCCGUGUCUUCUCCGGAGUGCACACCGACGACGUGGAGCUACAAUGCGCUUUUGAAUGCCUGUGCGGUCCGUGGUGAUGCUCGUCAAAUAGAUUCAAUUUUGAACGAGAUGAUCGAAAGUGAUUUACUACCCGAUCAAGUGACUAUGAACACGGUACUCAAGGCACACACCGCAAAUUUAAAGAGUAGUGGGAGGGAUGCACGCGCUCGGGUCAAAAUUGUUAUGGAAGGUCUCUCGUUCUUUGAAUGGUGCACUGAAGACCAGAAAGUCGAUUCAGGGGCCGCGACAUACUAUUCGCUCUUCCGGUUAUUUUCUACGUUCUUGGAGAGUCCAGAAAACAGCAAUACCGAUGUCGAUGACGGCCUGCUAGGCGGCGAGGACCGGGAUGAAGAAGUGAUCGACGGACAAGAGUUGGAAAUGUUGGCGUGGAUGGCGGAGUUUAUCACCAAUACCUGCCGUGACGCACCGCUCAGCUCACUUGAUGUCGGCGUGUUUAACAAUGCGUUCGCUUAUUAUCACCACCUCGGGGAGGUGGAUGCAGCUUUCGCUUUAUUUGACUUGAUGAAGAAACGUGGGAUUCAACCGGAUGAUACGACAUUGGGGCUGAUGUUCGCGACCUGCGCAAGCCAACAGCAAUUUGAGGUGGGCUUAAACUUUUUGGAUCACAUCAUGGCUGCCGAUGGUUAUAAGCCUACUCUGAAGGUACUCAGUGGAGCCAUGCAAUUGUGUGCAAAUUCAAAGAACCCUGAUGGCGCGCUGGAGCUCUUCCGUGCAAUUGAGACAUCAGGCGCAUUUACUCCGACGAUCGAAACGUACGAGCCAUUGGUGUUCGCAUAUGCUCGCGUUGGAAAUGUAUCUAGUGCCUGGGAUAUCGCAAAUGAGAUGGAAGAAAAGCUUGGUAGGGCCUCUGUAAGUAUCUAUAACCGCAUCCUGUUGGCAUGUUCCGAGGCGGCACUUCCUGGACGUGCGCUUGAAGUACUGGAUGUGAUCCGCCGUAAGCGUGCCGUGACCGCCGACAUCAUUUCUUACAACACAGCAUUAGAAGCUUUCGUUAGAGCUGGGGAGCGGGCUGCGUGGUGGAGGAAGAACAGAAACAACUGGGAGGAAGACGAUGAUGUCGUAGAUUAUGACGAGGAUGGUGAUGAACAACUGAGCGACGAGCUUCACAGUAGCGAUGAAGCUUUCGCCCAGACUAGUGAAGAUUUCGCAGUGGAGUCACCGCACUACUACGAUUAUGAACAGCGUGAAAACGCUGCUUGGGCUCGUGCAAGCAUUAUUGAGCUUCUGGAGGAAAUGAAGCAGAACCGAUUGAAGCCUGACAUGACGACGUAUGAGCAUGCGAUAGCUGCGUGUAGUGUGAAUGAGGACUUCGAGGGUGUCAUUACCAUUUUUGACACCCUUAUCAACCGCAAGCGGGACAAGAAAUCUGUUGAGCUGAAAAGUGAUCUCGUGAGCGACUCAAGCUUUUCAGCGUAUCUUGUGGCAUGCACAUCUUUGGAGGACAAGGAUCGCGUGGUCGAGGUCCCGACACUGCUUCACAAGUGGCACACCGCGACGGGCCAACUUCCGCCAGUUUUUGUCGUCACUCAGUUAUUGGACUCGUUGGAGAAAGUCGGCGAAUGGCGUCGCGCUGUUCGGAUGCUUCCCGAUAUGCAGGCAAUGUUUGGUAUUCCGCCCAGCAUUGCCGUGUUUAAUCGAGUCAUGCAGAUGUGCAACCAUGCAGGAGAACAUCAGCUUGUCGCUCCAAUAUUCGCCACUAUGCAGGAUGCCAGCGCCUAUCGCGUCUUUCCUGAUGCUGAGAGCUACAUCCAACGAAUCUACGCAGAGGAACAGCGUGAGAACUGGGUAGCGGCCACCGAUCUGUUUGUCGAAAUGCAAAAUAAUUGCCCAAGUGAAGAGAUUUCUCAUCACCAGCUUCAGAAGAUAGCGUUAGGUAGGUACAGGAUGCGCCAAAAUGAUCAUUAA